AUGGCUUCCCGGUCGCAGAUCGAAGAGCCAGGGAAUGUCAUUAUUCAGCCUCAAGCACAGAAUGUGCUCGACAUUCCAGGCAGCCCCUCUCAAAAGAGACCUCUACCUCACAUCCUCGAGAUCGGCAUCACCGAGUUGUGGUGCCCUCCUGCCCCAACGGAGAUCCUCGCCGAUAUCUGUUUUGUUCACGGCCUCAAGGGCCAUCCGUUCAAGACCUGGUACGAUGAUAGAGGCUCUGGGACUGAAGAAGCCAGGACAGCAACAAAGACUAAGAAAUUGAAGUCCUUUUUUCGCUCAGCUCGAACAAAAGAAGACCAAGUUGUUGAUGGCGAUACAUUGGACCCCAAGAAGGCCACACGAAAACACCAUGGGUAUUACUGGCCCUUCGACUUCAUUCCUAACGAUUUCCCAAACGUCCGAGUUCUCACUUAUGGCUAUGACUCUCACCCGUCUCAUUUCUACGUGGGCAAGACAAAUCAAAUGACCAUUACUCAACAUGCACAGACGCUCCUUCAGAAACUCACCAAUAAUCGCGUUGACUGUCUGACAAGACCAAUCAUUUUCGUUGCACACAGCCUUGGGGGCAUAUUAGUGAAGGAUGCAAUCGUUCAGUCCAGCAAGUACGAGAACCACCUGAAAUCUCUCAGUCAAUCGUGCUCUGCGAUCUUCUUUUUUGGAACGCCGCAUCAUGGUGCAAGUGCCGCUAGGUAUGGUGAGAUCCUGACCAAUGUUGUAGGUACGCUCCCAGGCGGCUUUUCCAUGUACAAGGAGAUCCUUAGAGGACUAAAACCCAACGGAGAAAAGCUCAGCUUGGUUGAAGGAGAUUUCAACCAAUUUCUCAACCAAAAUAUUCCUGCAGAAGAGAAGAUACAACUUUAUAGCUUUCAGGAAAGCAAGCCGAUAUCGUCCGUGAAGCGAUUCGACGGCAAAGUUGUCCCUGAUUUAUCCUCCUUCUUCAACCGCAAAGAUAUCGAGCAAUGCUCACAUAUCAACGAGAAUCAUAUGGACAUGGCACGCUUCCGAUCCCCAAGCUCUUCAGCUUACGCGGAUUUCACUGCAGGAAUAAAGGGUUUCCUUGAGAGGAUAAAGCGUCGCAGAGAGCAGUCAAAAUCUAUUGUACAGGAGAGGGAGCGUGCACGUCUGGCAACUGAACACAAAGUCUUGAUGGAAAUCCUAGACUUCAAAGAACGAUGUGUCCGACAACAACAGGUCAGCAGCACAGAAACCACACAAAAAACAUUUGACUGGAUUUGGACUUCCACCUUCAAAGAAUGGCUUGAACAUGAGACCCCAUUCUUCUGGAUCUCUGGAAAACCAGCAAGUGGAAAGUCCACUCUCAUGAAUUAUAUCGCGCAAGCGAAAGAGACAAUCCAGACUCUACAGAAUGCUCACAACAGGCAAUGGAAGGUCAUCUACUUCUUCUUUGACUUUCGCGCACGCGAUGGAAUAGGCAACAACAUGGAAGGGUUCAUCCGAUGCCUCCUUUUUCAACUGUGUCGCGACUUGCCCGAUCUCACUCAGAACAUCCCGGAACUACAACAUUUCCUCGACAGUUCAACACGUGAGCAAUCAACGUUCACGUCCGAAAGGCCUCUUCCGAUCGAGUCCUUAAAGAAAGCCUUUCUUCAGUGCCUUCGAAAUCGUUCGGAAAACAUCAUCAUUCUUGUUGAUGGCCUUGAUGAAUAUGAGGGUCAGAAGGUGGAAUUGACCAAUUUUCUAAAGUCCCUCCGCCGGCAGAACAUCAAAAUAUGUAUUGCGAGCCGGCCUGAUCCCCCAUUUCCAGACGCCUUUGAGGGUAUACCCAAAAUUCUCAUGCAAGAACUUAACUUCGAUGCCAUUACGUGUUUCAGCUUAAACGUGUUAGAGCAGUUCUACUCUUCGCAUCAGCAUACGCCCGCAGCAUUACAUUCGUUGGCCAAAGAUGUCGCACAAAGAUCUCAAGGUGUCUUUCUAUGGGCUCGUUUUGCAAUUUACGAAUUGAUAGAAGGCCUGAGCUACGGCGAGAGCUUGGGUUCCCCAGCACUUGAAGAGAGAUUGGAGGCAGUUCCUGAGGAGAUGGAACAUAUUUAUUCCCGAAUAUUCAAGCGCUACUCACCCGCCUAUCGAAAAGCGGCAGCAAUUGUCUUAUUGCUGAUCUGCUACAAAGUCCAGGAAGUCACUAUCGGUAUGCUUGAACUGGCGGUUCGUUACCACCCUGAAGCAUGGCGUGACGUUGCCGAUCACUGGAUGCUCAAAUCUCCGGAAACCAACGACAAGUCGUUUUCCAAAAGGCUCCUUGCCCUGACCGGCGGUAUUGUGGAAGAUUUGCCAGCUCAAGGCCGAUUUAUGGGUAUGAAGUUCGAUUGUAGCCUGCCUCGCUUGAUUCACAGAACGGCAGAUACCUUUCUGGAAGCGAAUGGCUGGAAACUACUGCUAGGGGAUGAGUUUGCGCUUGAACUCGGCCAUGAAAUCUGGCUGCGUAUAUGCGCCGAAGCGAUAUAUCGGGAGGGCCCCAGUCUUUCCUUAAGGUUCCCGCCUAACCCCGACGACGAUCCCUCUUUUUACGGUCUUUUUUUUGGUUUACAGAAGCCAUUAGAGGUUCUGGAAGAUGAGUCGAAUAUAGAAUCGAGCUCAUCUGAAGCACAUUCUGAGAAGCCCGGCUCUGAGAUACUUCUACUCGCUUACGCUACUCGGAGGAUGUUUCGUCAUGCUCUUGACUACGAGAAGCUAAGCACGCUGUCAUCGCGUACACUUCUCCCGGCUUUAAAUACUGCUUUUAUAGGUAUACAUGCUCGCAUGGGUGAUGGUGUGUGCGAUUGGAUAAGCAUGGACCAUGUCUCAGAAAUCUACGAUAUGGAUAUCGAGCCAAUUGACUAUGCGGUAGUCCAUGGUCUGUUACUCUACGUGAGUGAAUGCUUUCGCGAUGGUCUUCAGCAGCAACAGCAGUUCAGAGUUGGCGCUAGACAAUGGAUUGUUGGCAAAUUCUAUGGCCUCCUAGGUCAUGAGACCUCCAGUAGCAUUGCUGGGACUUUCAACCGGCGUUUGAGAUUCCUCAAAGCUUUGUUGCUGUGUGAUCGUCAUCUUGAAUCUGAUCCCGGUCACGAUACCGCCUUUUCGAUGCUCAAGCUCCUCUACGAAUACAGUCCCGUGGUGGCGGAUCAUGAGCUUUUCUGUGCGGUGGUCAACACCAGCCCGAAGAUCGUGCAGUGGCUGAUCACACGACGCCAGCAUCUGGAUAUGAAAAACCUAGAUAUAAAGCUCGUUGGUCCUGGUAUCGAUUUGGACAUUAAAGAGCUUUGCGGCUCCAAAAAUAUUACACUUUUGGCCGCUCUUGGUUUGCGUAUCGCUGCUGGAGAUUGGAAGGACACAAGAACAAUUCUUCACUAUUUGGCAGAGCGUGGGGUGACUAUAUCCGAGAAGUGCGGCCCAUUAGGGGGCAUUCUUCAAUACGUAAUUGUCAAGUAUGCCGACGACAUCGACGAACUCUUUGAAGGUCUUAAGGUACUCGUCGAGGAGGGCGCUGAUAUUAACCAAGGUGGGAUACGAGGCAAGCCUCUGGAGCUACUCUGGGAAGUUGCGAACCAGUCAGAUUACUCUAGCAUACAUGAUGUCCAUUACGCACGCAGGGCGAUUGAAAAGCUCCUUGACCAUGGCGCAAUCAACGAACGAAAAGAUCCAUACGGGCAGGUUCCUUCCAAGAUCCAGAUGAAACUGUUUGGGUGCAAUUGGACCGACUACCAGGAGUGCAAGAGAUAUCAUCAAGAAGGACCGCGAGUCGCGGGUAAGACGUGGCCGGGACCAGUGCCUCUGAACCCAAGUGAUGCAUUUAAGUUGUACUCACCCUAUGAGAUCCCUUACAAACAGGCGAUGCGGCGAUAUCGCGAAGCUAUGGGUAUAGAAAUACCCUCAGAUGAAGAGGAAGAAGGGGAGGAGUAA